UGGCCCUUUGCAGGUCUCUUGCUGUAGCAUGCAAAAGUGUAUUUUCUUGCACUCACCCUAUAGCCGAAUGUCAUUUUGAUUCAAGUAUAUGUAUGCUAAGACAAGUGUUUCAGUAAACCGGCUGGUAUGAGCUCGGUUUCACCAGCAUGAGUUUGACAAGACUGUCCGAUGCAGCGGAUCAGUUAACUCCUCAUUACUUGGAUGAUUGCAUCCUUUCCUAACUUUUUUAAUUACAGAGAUUCGCCAUGUUUUUACGUGUGUGUGUGUGUGUAUCUGUAUUUGUUCCUUCCAGUUCUUUUUAUUCCCCUUCUUUUGGGGGGUUUGGGAAGGUGGGCACAGAAUGGAAGUCUUUGUGGGGACCCAGGAAAUGAAGUGUUUAACGGUAAAGCUUAAAGCAUUUGCUGUAGGGAAGGUUUCUCUGUACCCACCGCAUCAGCUGCUCAUUUAGCAGUGCCUGAUGUUUAUAAGAGUGCCCUGUGGAAGUCUGCAUGUUCAUGAAUGAGCUAACAGUAGCUUGGCUCUGUGUAGAAAGGAGAGGAACUAUGAAGCACAUAUACCCAUCCCUGCUUUUAUUUUUUAUUUUUCCUUCAACGUCCAGUGUUUCCAGGGCCUUUGCUUUCUCUUGCCACAUUGGCAAAGCUUCCCAAGCUCUAUUGCCCCAUAGUCACGAAAGGUCUUCAGUAAUUGCUGGGAUGGUGAGUGGGUUUUGGGCUUCUAGCCCUCCAUUCCUUCGGUCGUGAAUUCCACUCAGUUAAAGACUCAAGAGAAUUGCUUAAAACUUACAUUUGGCAGUCACGCCUCAAACAAUGAAUUUGUGGAGAUCCAUUUAUUUAUUUACACUAACGAAGAAAAAACUGUAAUACUGCAUCAAAAUGAAACUUAGUGGCUGCUGAAUCACUGAGUAAUAGCGUAGAGUCGCUGCUUAAGCCUUUACCACAAUCAUUGCAAUGUUUGUUUGUAGACUGCUUGGUUUUUUGUAAAGUCGUGUGGCUGCGUGUGGUGCAUUAUUCCCAAGGUGCUCCUUACUGCUCUGAUGCUCUGUAUGUUCGCAGUACCGGGUAAGGCGGAAGGCUCUGUGGCUGGGGAAGAGUGGCUUGGACGUGUUGCUGCGCUCUCUGUUGCACCAGAAUUUCAACGGCUGGGUUUGGCUGCUAAAUUGAUGGAACUACUGGGAGAAAUUUCAGGAAAAAAGGGUGGAUUUUUCGUCGAUCUCUUUGUGAGCGUAUCAAAUCGGGUUGCAGUAAAUAUGUCUAAGCAGCUCGGCUCCCGUGUGUACCGGACAGUAUCGGAGCGCUACUCUGCUAGCAGUGGAGAGCCAGAUGAAGAUGCUUACGAUACGAGGAAAGCUCUUUGCAGAGAUACAGAGAAGAAAUCAAUUAUACCUCUGCCUCAUCCUGUGAGACCAGAAGACAAUGAGUAACUGUAAACUGUGAUUCUCAGACAACCUAGUGUCAGUUUCCUUCUCCCCAAAGCCCCCAAGAACUCUACAGAUGAGAAAUAUUAGGCUCAAUGUUUUUCCCCGUGAAAUACCAAAAAGCAACGUUGAGAAGCUUCCCAACGCUGCUUCUGUCGGUAUUGGCUGCAUAUUCGUGCUCUUACCCUAUUGUUCUUCCUUUCGAACCGUGGCACUCUGGAGACUAUUAAAAUGGAAUUGCUUCCUGUAUGGUGGUGUCAUGGUUUUCCUUCUCGGCCACAAAACAGUCCCCUCACUUUGUCACUCUCACGGAGCCCUGCUCCGAAACUGAAAACGCCUGGCCGCUGCUCCCACACAGAAGGUGCCAGGAAGGAGUUCUGUUGCUGGCUCUCGCCUUCCCUUUGCAGCCAUAUAACUGCUGCGACAAAACCUGGGCUCCGUUCUUUCUGAGCCACAAAACCAGAAAUUGGGUACAUCACAAUACACUCUCCAGAACUCAGAGGUCUCUGUUUCUCUGUGCCUUUUACUUCCCUCAUUCCCUAAUUUAAUUCUUGGAUCCAUCUGUCCCUUCACAGUCUGUCUGGAUGUCACGGAUGCUGUUACUUGGAGGCAUUGACCAGGCACUUAGUUCCAACACAGGUUUCUGUCACUGUCUUCCCUGGAAUUUCUUGGAGAAGAGUGCAGAGGAGUGAAGGCAGAAGGUUGAUGAGCAUUGAUAACAUGCAGCUGUGACCUUGCCUCCAAGGCAGUGGGUUGAGG